CCGACUCCUCCCACAGGACGACAACGCUCCUGCUAGCACCAGGCAGAAAUCUCCCAAAGGCGGUCGCUAACUUUAGUGUGUAGGUGAUCUGCGUGCCUGUGUCUGCAUCGAUAGCCUUGGUAUCCCGACAGAAGGAAACGGUGGAAGGUAAAAGCGUGUUAACUUUGAAAAACAGCCGUGAAUUUCCACAAGACAAGUUCGCAUAAAAGGGGAGAAUGCAGAAUCGAUCGUGUUUGAACUUGUUACUUUUGUUUUAGAUUCUGAACCUGAGUGCUGGUUAACAGGUACUGUUUCCUCAACAUUUGGAACCCUUGGAAUGCAGGAUGCUAACAGCAGCCCAUAAAACGCAAGUGUCACAAUAGGUCAUGCUUGGAGGCUGUAGUGCCAUAUCUGAGAACAUCAAUGAAUGAAAACUACAAAUCCUGCCUAAGCAAUGGUUUCCAUCUGUGUAGUGAACACACAAUCUGCAGACCAAGGAAUCCAGCACCUUUCUGAAAGUUAUUUAACAGAAUAAAAUACUGCUCCUCUGCUCUUCUAAACCAAAGAAACCCUAAUGUCUUAAAGUCUGUGAAGUAGUCUGUACAGCAACUUAAUGGUUUACUGAAAAGAAAACUAUUUCAUUAACCAGAAUUUUUUGUACGCGUCAUUUUCAGCGCAUUAUAUUUAUAUGGUGUAUAUCAAGUUAAUUGGAAAAAACUCCAAAACCUGUCCCCAUCAGUAUUUUUAGACUGCUGUCAAAGACAUAAGUACUUAAUUUUGAUUUGUGUGGCAAGUAACAGACAAGAUGAUUGAUUUAACAUUUCUUACCCCGGAGGAGCAGGAGGCAAUCAUGAAGGUUCUGCAGCGGGAUGCCGACCUUAAGAGGGCUGAAGAGGAAAGAGUAAGGAGCCUGCAAGUAAAAGUUAAAGAUGAAACUGCUCUGAAGAACAUGACUGGAGAGUGGUUUUAUGAAGCAAAGUCUAAGCGGCACAGAGAGAAGGUACAUGGAUCAGACAUUAUCAGAGCAUCAAUGAAAAAGAAAAAGCCACUAACAUUAUUUGAAAUGACACAGAGCCGAAUGAAGGACAAGCCUAGCUGGGCAAACAGUAUCGACCGAGAUGUCUUUGUUCCACCACAGUUGUUUGGUCUUAUUGAAGAGCCAGAGGAGGAGCAGGCAGACGAAAGCACAACACCAUCAGUACAGUUGAGUAACUCAGUACUUCAGAAACCAGAAGAAAAAGUAAAGCAACCAUCUACAUCACCUGCAAAGCAAAGGCGCAAUCCUUUCAAUGACUCUUCUUUAUUGGAUGAUGGCUUCAGUUUGGAGUCAGCAAUUGAGUUAGAGAAAAAUGAGACAGCACCUAUACACCGAAAUGCACCUCCCAAGGACAAGGUGUCAUUCCCAAAGGGUAGUAGUUCUGAUGUGUACUUACAGAACAACGGAUAUCAAGACCCUCAACAAGAUACUGGAUAUGCCUCUGACAAAUCCCAGAGGUCUCUAGAUGAAGUACCUAUGCCAAAGCCAAGAACGAGGGUGUAUAAACAACCUGACAGUCUCUUAGACAGUGACACCAGUGUCUCAAAAUCUAUAAACAAGCCAGAACUGAAUGGUGGAACUCGCAGGGGUAUUCUGAAGCGUAGUUCGAGUUCAAGUUCCAACGAUUCAGAAGUUCUUCGCUUCAGUAAUCAUCAGGAUUCUCAAAGUAGAAAUAUCCGGUCAUCAUCUACUGCCCGGGAUCAAACAAAUGAAAGAAAACAUGACACACAAGUAGAUGACAUUUCACAGAAUUCAGCAGAUAAGUUAAAACAUGUGAGGUUCUCACCAGCAGUGGUUCAGAAAGAGCCGUUGCCUAUAGAGGAGAAUUACAGUGCUGACACAGCAGAAGAUUAUGAUAUUCUGUCUUCUGGAUUUGAAAUUGAACAAAUAAAUAAGUUAGAUGGUUUUCAGAAAUACAGAAAAGACGACCGUUUGCUUGAUAAAGACAAUGUCCUUUCAGAUACAUCUGCGCAGUCAUCUGAUUACAGUAAUGAGGCGCUACCUAAACCUCAGAAUGACAGGGACAUAAAAAUACCAGAUCUUCCCCAUACAACAGAAUCACCUGCAUCAAUAGGCAAACUGCCACCACAGGUAAAUACAUAUGAUUCAGACUUAGACCCUUCUGGAACAACAACUGGUGGGUUUAUAGAGAAUUCUCGAGACAUGGGCUUGAAUGAAGAACUAACCAACAAGAAAAACUCAGAAGUACUUAGCCCUGACACAACAUCUGAAAAGUCUAGCUCUGAUCUGAGAUCCUUUUAUGCUGCAGAUGAAUCCCGUACAGUGUCAAACAUCAAUUCAUUGGAUUUGCAGCAAGGUAAGCCUAACACUGCAAGGACACAAAAGCAUGACUCUUCUACCAAGUCUGAUAAAUAUACUUUUGAGUUUAUGAGAGCAACUGAUGAGUCCAUUUCAAAGGUGUUAGACUGGUUCAGCAGGAGUGAAGAUGGUGAUGAUAACAUGUUAGAAGGAUCACAGAUUAAGACAUCUCAGAAACCAGAAAGAGAAAUGGGACCUAACAUAAACAAAGAAAGUGACGGUUUGGGAAUAGCUGUUACUACAAAACAGAAGCUAAAUGCCAGUGCAUUAAAAAGACCAUCUGCAAGUCAAGGAGGCAUAGGCUGGAAUGAAGGAUUAGUGCCUCCUACAGAACAUCAGAAUGGAGAAGAAAAAGUUGUUUUCCAACCUACAAUUGAAACCAGUUUGACACCAUUGCCUGAAAAGGAUAGUGAAGAAGCUGAAAUGGAAAAAUAUAUCAGAUUGGUGCAUCAGAAAACAUCUGACAAAGCAGUAGAGGAUAACAUAUCUACCGCAUCAGAGCCCCCUAGGAGAAGCAAAAAUAUUGGAGAAGAAACAGGUUUUAUGAUAGCAGUUAGUCACAAUAAAAAGUUAAAGGAAGACAAGAUGAGAAAAUCUACUGACCCCUCCAAAACUGAAACUGUAUUUGUGUCUAGCUUGACAUCAUUCUGGGAACAAAAAAUAAAUGAGCCCAAUGCCAUCAAUAUGGGGACAAAUGUAGUCUCUUCUGAUUUGUUUAAAGGGUCUGAUAUUCCUAAUUUAGAGGCAGCACGUGGAACUUAUGGUGAUGGUGACUAUGUACUAGCAGCUAGCUCUUUGAAUAAAUCAAAUCUUUAUCCAGAAGAAGUUGAAAUUCCUAUUAACUGGAAAGAAUCUGGAAAGGUAGACAACAUACAGCAGUUUAGCACAUGGGCUCCGAGCCUUAAGGACCAGGAAGAGAAACACAUGAAGGACAGAAGGAUACUGCAGCAUGGUGAAGAUACUGUUUCUAAAAAUGUUGUUAGCAAACACAUGCAAGAUAGAGCUUCAACAUUACUUGACAAUGAGACAAGUCCUGAUAUGGGUAUAAACCAGAAAACACAGAGUCUGCAUAAAGAAGCUUUACCCACAGGUAAUUUGCUUAUGAAUCAAAGUGAAGAACUCAGUUAUGCUCAUCAGAAUGUGGAUCUUACUCAUACAGAGCCUUGGCAAGGUACAACAGCUUUAGAAAAAGGUAAUUUGCAGCAAAAUUUGGGAUUUUCUGGCUCUGAAACUGACAACCAUUAUCAUCCUGGGUUAGACGUCAUCAUAGAUGAAGAUAUCACAGCACCCAUUCUAAAACCUAAACCACCUUUUAAAGUGACAUCUCUAAAGGAGAAGAUGCCUAAUGAUCCCAAAGAUCAGAUACCAUCUCAUUCUCAGUUUCAAAUGGUAAGAAACUUUUGGGAUACAGGAAUUAAACAGAAGGACACUGAUACUGAAGAAACAACACAUGCUUCUGAGUUUACUCAGGAAGUGGACAGAUCAACACAAGUGGAAGAGAAAACUGCAUUUACUAUCCAAGAACGAUUGGAACUGCUACGCAGCAACCAGAUUUCUCCUACAGAGAAGAAAAAACAGCUUAAUUCUAAAUAUUUUCCAAAGGUUCUGCCAUCUGAAGUGGUUGUUGGUCAGAUAAAAUUAAAGAACUGGAAAGAAACAUCAACUGAAGAGGCACCUAAAGAAAACUUAAGAUCAAGCAAAGAGGAGGUAGAAGAGUUUAUUGAAAAGUCAAGUGCACCUCCUGAACCAGAGGUCAGUUCAUUUAGCUUAGGCCUGCAAAAGCUGAUCAAAGAAGCAUCUGAAAUGCCAUCUACUUUGUUCCAGAAGGAGGAUGACAAUGGUAUUGUUCGUGCUAAGAUUUCUCCCUCAGAUCAGAGAUCUUACAAAACACUAAUGCAUAGUAACAGUAUACCUUCACAAGGUUACCAGAGCUCUGAAACUGCAGAGGUGAAAGAAGUAAUUGAAAAGGAAGAAGUCCCACAAAAGUCAGAGGAAAGUAAGUUUGAUUUGGUAUGGCAAAAAUUACAUAAAGAAGUAUCUCAGACUCCUUCCACCUUCAAUGUAAUGCCUUCUAAAGAAAAUAUUCAGCCUUCUCAUGCAGAGUAUCAGCGCUUUUAUGAAAGAGUGCAGCAGCGUAGCCGUACAAGUUCAACUGAUUAUACUAGACGUGAGAGUUCAGAAGUUGAAGAAACUGUAGAAAAGGCAGUGACUCCACCAAAACCAGAAUUUAGUAGGUUUGAGUUGGGACUCCAGAAACUACUAAGAGAGACAUCAGACACUAAUGUUGCCUUAAGUCAGACACCUGAUAAAGCAGAACAAGAAGUUAUUUCAAACACUUCACAGUUUAAGUAUGCUUCACAUAAAAGAGAAAUACAAGAAGUUGUAGAAAAGACAGCAGCACCAUCAAAACCGGAGUUCACUGGGUUUGAGCUGGGACUCCAAAAACUAAUUAGAGAAGCAUCUGAGACCAGUGUUCUCAGUAGUCAUGUAUCAGAUGAAGAAGACACUAUUCCAAACACUUCCCAGCCCAAAGAUACUGGUGCUAAAGUUCAAGUGGAAGAGUUUAUUGAAAAGGCAAAUGUACCCCUAAAGCCUGAGUUCACAGCAUUCGACUUGGGAUUACAGAAACUGUUAAAUGAGACCCAUGAGAACUUGCCUGUCUUGAGUGAGGGUGAUGAGAUUCAUAACUCCCCAGAGUUCAUACAGCAGAGUCCUCAGAAUUAUAAACAACUGCAUAGUAGUCAUUUUGUGACUAGCUUGCAGGAGCCAGCAAAGGCUCAUGGCGAGACACAAAACAGAGAAGAUACUUUAUUAAGAGCAACAAUGCAAGAUAAAAGAACUACCUCUGACCUACAAAAUCAGAAUGCUGGAAAUGUUAGCAAUCCUGUGCAGGAAACUAUGAAAUUAAGUGAGGUCUCACUGUUUAAAAAGAAAGACCUUGAGUAUAAAGAUAUAGACACUUUUUGUAAGGAAACCGAAACUAUGGAAAAUCCAGUACCGUCAAGAGAGUUUGCUAAUGAUAGUGGAAGUAGUGCUUACUCACCAGACAAGCCUGUUUCAGAAUCUGACAUUUAUGCAAAGGUGGUAAAAACAAGUACACCUGUGAGAAGUGAGUUUAAUGUGAUGGAGGCGACCACUGAUCAUCGGAGUAUACCAUCUCCUUAUGACACAGAAGAUGUAGACAUUCCCAGAAGUGCAGUGUCUUACCCAUCAAACAGAAAUGUUUCUUCCUAUCCAGACAUAACUCAAUCCAGUUCAUAUGAAGACCUAAACCCAGUCAUGGAGGCUUUGAGAAGAAGUGCUACUAGGCCGUCUUCCAAAAGUCUGGAAGACUUAUCGUCUAUUGAAUCAAGCGAACAAACAGUAACAAUUCCAAGGGAAGACUUAGCACUUAGUGCUGAAGAUGAGCCUUCUCUUCCUGAGAGCCAGUUUAACAAUCCUGAAAAACUGAAACGGCUGAGCAAGUCUGUUCCUGCAUUUCUACAAGAAGAGACUGAUGGCAGAGAUACAGAUUCGACAUCAGAAGGCAGUUACCAGCUUAGCAAGCACAAGAAGACGCCCAGCUCCCUAACCAAUCUUAGCAGUUCGUCUGGCAUGGCAUCUUUGUCAUCUGUCAGCGGAAGUGUAAUGAGCAUCUACAGUGGUGAUUUUGGGAAUGUGGACAUCAAAGGGACAAUUCAGUUCACCAUUGACUAUGUGGAGCAGCUGAAGGAAUUUCAUAUAUUUAUUGCACAGUGCAGAGACUUGGCAGCAGCUGAUGUGAAGAAGCAACGCUCAGAUCCGUAUGUGAAAACAUAUUUGCUUCCUGAUAAGGCUAAAAUGGGCAAAAGAAAAACAUCAGUAAAGAAGAAAACGUUAAACCCCACUUACAAUGAGAUACUUCGGUAUAAAAUUGACAAGGAAACAUUGCUGACACAAAGGUUGAAUGUUUCAGUCUGGCACAAUGACACAUUUGGACGCAACAGUUUCUUGGGUGAGGUGGAUCUUGACUUGGCAACUUGGAACUGGGUUGAUCAGCAGAUGAAGUGGUAUCCACUGAAGCCACGGACACCUUCAGCUGGUGUUGGUCUUGAGAACAGAGGAGAGAUGAAGCUAGCCCUUCGCUACGUCCCACAGCCACACCAAGCUGGUAAAAAGACUCCUGUCACUGGUGAAGUACACAUCUGGGUGAAGGACUGCAAGAACCUCCCACCACUGAAGAGCAGCGGCAUUGAUCCUUUCGUAAAAUGUUCUGUUCUGCCAGACACAAGUCGUAAGAGCCGGCAAAAAACAAGAAUAGUAAAGAAGACAACAGAUCCUGUCUUUAACCAUACUAUGGUAUAUGAUGGAUUCAGGAAAGAGGACCUAGAAGAAGCCUGUGUAGAGUUAACAGUCUGGGACCAUGAUCGGUUGGUCAACCAUUACUUGGGAGGUCUCCGACUAGGUCGUGGCACAGGCAAAAGUUAUGGAACCCCAGUGGACUGGAUGGAUUCUUCCCCUGAUGAAGCCUCUCUUUGGGAGAGGAUGAUGGACUCACCAAACGAAUGGGUUGAAGAUGUGUUACCUCUCAAAAUGUUAAUGAUGGCAAAAAUGACAAAAUAAAAUUAAAAACAAAAUUAUUUACUAAUACCAAGGGAGAACACACAGUUUUUAUAUUUGCAGCACCGGGUGAAAGCUGAUUAUGUAAAUUAAACCUGACUUGCCUUGAA